CUCGGUAGUCAGUAGUCAGUACUCGCUAGGAGUACUACUCCUGUCUCGUCUGCUUGUUUGUGCUCUCUCUCCUCCUACGCAAGUUCUCUCUCAAUUUUUCCUUUGGUUCUCAAACCCAUUGCCCGUCCAUCGACCCUGAUCCCUGACAGACUGGCACUCACGCACACGCGAGUGGGCAGAGGCACCUGUUAUCCACAUAAAUCACUCGCUGGAAGAAGAAAAGAAGGAAAGAGAGAAAUCGAGGAGGAAAGACCGAGCUUGAGAGAGAGAUGGAGGAGGGCGCUAGGGGGGGGAAUGGGGAUGGAAGCGGAGCUGGUGUCGAUACCCGCGACCCCGCGGGGGGUGUCGACGCCGGAGACGGUGACGCCGUCGGGGCAGAGGUCGCCGCUGCCACGGGCACCGGGGGGAGGCGGCGGGGGCUCCCACUCGCUGUCCAAUAAGUCAUGGACGCCGACGCCGGCGAUGAUCUCCCCGCGGUUCCUGAGCCCUUCGGUGGGGACGCCGGUGAAGCGGGUGCUGGUGAACCUGCGGGCGUACCUGGAGGAGGUGGGCCACCUGACCCGGCUCAACCCACAGGACGCUUGGCUCCCCAUCACAGAGUCCCGCAACGGCAACGCCCACUACGCCGCAUUCCACAAUCUCAACGCCGGUAUCGGUUUUCAGGCCCUCGUCCUCCCCGUCGCCUUCGCCUUCCUCGGAUGGAGUUGGGGUAUAAUAUCAUUGAUUAUUGCUUACUUUUGGCAACUUUAUACCCUCUGGAUACUAGUGAAGCUUCAUGAAGCUGUACCUGGCAGGAGGUACAAUAGAUAUGUGGAGCUCGCACAGGCUGCAUUUGGAGAAAGGUUAGGUGUUUGGCUAGCUUUGUUCCCGACAGUUUAUUUAUCAGCGGGAACUGCAACAGCAUUGAUUCUUAUUGGGGGGGAAACCAUGAAGCUCUUUUUUCAGAUAGUUUGCGGGCCCCUUUGUUCAUCAAACCCACUUUCAACUGUUGAGUGGUAUCUGGUAUUUACCUCUUUAUGCAUCGUUCUUUCUCAGCUCCCAAACCUAAACUCCAUUGCUGGACUCUCACUUAUUGGAGCUGUAACGGCAAUCACCUAUACUAGCAUGGCCUGGGUACUCUCAGUCAGCCAAGAGAGGCCCCCUUCUAUCUCUUAUCAGCCACUCAGAUCCCAGUCUUUCACUGCAUCGGUUUUCUCAAUCUUGAAUGCUCUUGGCAUAAUAGCAUUUGCAUUCAGAGGACACAAUCUGGCAUUAGAGAUUCAGGCAACAAUGCCAUCAACUUUUAAACAUCCUGCACAUGUUCCCAUGUGGAGAGGAGCCAAAGUUGCAUAUCUUCUAAUUGCAAUGUGUUUAUUUCCUAUUGCCAUUGGAGGUUUUUGGGCUUAUGGGAACCUGAUGCCUGCAGGAGGGAUGCUGAAUGCCCUAUAUGCUUUUCACAGCCAUGAUAUCGCAAGGGGGCUGUUGGCAACAACAUUUCUUUUGGUUGUGUUUAAUUGUCUGAGUAGUUUCCAGAUAUAUUCAAUGCCAGUGUUCGACAGUUUCGAGGCAGGUUACACCAGCCGAACAAAUCGUCCAUGCUCAAUUUGGGUCCGGUCUGGCUUUCGGGUCUUUUAUGGCUUUAUUUCAUUCUUCAUUGGAGUAGCACUUCCUUUCCUUUCUAGCCUGGCUGGCCUGUUGGGUGGCCUCACACUUCCUGUCACCUUUGCAUACCCUUGCUUCAUGUGGGUUCUUAUAAAGAAGCCCCAAAGAUUUAGUUUCAACUGGUAUCUGAAUUGGGGCCUAGGCAUGAUGGGAAUAGCUUUCAGCUUAGCCUUCUCUAUUGGUGGUGUCUGGAGCAUGGUGAACAGUGGGCUCAAACUCAAAUUUUUUAAGCCUAACUAAAUUCCUUUUGAUAGGGAUAAGGUUGGGCGCUGUUCCAUCUUUUGCAGCAUUAAAUUCCUCGAGUAUUACAUAGAAAUGAUUUGCUCCUGUUAUCCCUUUGUGUCUCCAAGAAUACUGUGUUGAUUUGUAUUUAUUUUGUGAUUUGUUGUAAUAGAUUUUAAUUUAUGAUAUCAUAACUAGAUUACUUUAGCUAUUAAAGCUUUUUUUUCUUCUUUACGUA